AAGAAGCGGAGCACACACCAAGAACUUCGAAGGGUCUGAAAGCUGUUGACUGUUUCGAAAGGAAUAUUGUUUGCAAGGCACAAGGUGUCUUGAGAGUGAGCAACCUCGGGGCGCAUGCGCAAGUCCUUUCCGGAAUUAUUGCUGUGUCUUGGACUAAGUUGCAUUCCUUGAAUCUUCACAGAAAAGAGAAUUCUUUAAUCAGAGUUAGGAAUGUGGACAGUUCAAAAUCGGGAGUGCCUGGGGAUUCUGUCUUUCCCUAUGAUGAUAGCUAUGGUCUGUUGUGCACAAAGCGCUAAUGAACCCAGCAACAUGUCAUACGUGAAAGAGACAGUGGAUAGAUUGCUUAAAGGAUAUGACAUUCGCUUGAGGCCAGACUUUGGAGGCCCUCCUGUUGAUGUGGGGAUGAGGAUAGAUGUCGCCAGCAUAGAUAUGGUUUCUGAAGUCAACAUGGUCAAUCUUCCUUUGGUUUUCCUGGAGGUGUUAAAAAUUGGACUGAAAACACUGUUUUUGCUUUCACUGCUGCCUGUAGCCAGCAGCAGGCAUGGGACUUUUCCAUGGCUAGAUCGCCUAACUGUUGCUUCUUACAACACAGAAAAAAGCCUGUUGCUUUUCCAGGGACAAACCAAUGGAAGCUGCAAAUAG